UACUGCAUCUGCACGAGAGCAAGAGAGAGAGAGAGAGAGAGAGACUAGAGAGCCUGCAGUGUAAGUACUACUUACUGAGUGCGGAGCAGCAGCAAUUAUCGCGGAAGGUGUGUUACUUAUUAUGGCGCAUAGUGUCGUUCGUUUAAAGGAAGUUACAAUUUAAAAAAGAGAACGAAAUCAUGUGGGAGAAUUUGACGAUCGAAAGUCUACAGCUGACCGAGACGGAGCACAGAUAUUACGGAGACAUCUUCAUCUACUGCUGUGAGAACGCCGACACUGAGCAAGUGUCCAGCCUCAAGGUCGGUGAGCUUCUCAGGUCGGCAAACUUGCCCAGCGACGUCACCCUCAAGAUUCUAUUUCUUUGUGGUGGUGCUAAGAGUAACUACCUCAGCAGAAAGCAAUUUUAUGCAGCUUUGAAACUUGUAGCAGCAUACCAAGCAGGUCUUGAAGUGCACAAAGACUUGAUUGCCACAGCAGUGGACGAACUAGCAUUGCCAAGAUUCACUUGGCCUUCAUCAGGUGAUGAAGAGGACAUCAAGAAAAAACCUUUUUCUGAAAAGACUUCAAAGAAAAGAACUAGUGGCCUCAUACCUGAAAGUACAACAGGCAGUGAAAGUGAACCAGAAUCUCCUAGGGAGACAGAAGCUGGCAGUACAGACUCACCCACUCCAACAAACAGUGUAACUCAAGAAAGAAACGAUGGUGCUCUAGGUGGUGAAGCUAAUUUGGAUUCAGUGUCUGGUGGGUGGCAGAGCUUACUUGUCUCCGAAGAGCAGAGGCAGCUACUUGGCACCGAGGAGGAAAGUUCAGAACGUCAUAGCAGUGAUGAUGGAGAAGGCGAAGACGGCGAAAGUUUUCCACCUGAAGCAGUCUGGACAAUCAGCGACGAGCAACGCGAAUACUACGCUGCACAAUUCUCCACACUUCAAUCGAACCCCGAUGGUCUUCUUGCCGGUAGCUUAGCGCGCAAAUUCUUUGAGAAAUCUCGUUUGCCUGUGGAAGAGCUUCGUAAAAUUUGGCAAUUAGCGGACGUUACGCGUGACAGUGCUUUGAGUUUGCCCGAGUUUUACGUGGCGAUGCAUUUGGCGGUACUCCGGCGUAACCAUGUUCCAUUACCCGACGUAUUACCACCCUCGUUAGCAAUGCUACUCUUCAAUCAACCAACGUCUCAGCAACAACAACAGCAACAACCGGCAGCAGCACCGCCUGUUGUUCCACCUGUACCAGCGCCCAGAGCUAGCCCGACUACUAGAGCGGCGGCAGCAGCAGCAGCGAACAAUAAAGAAAAAAGCAAAGAAUGGACAAAGUUCAUAGAUUCACCAACGGGUGCAAGUAGUAACGGUAAUGGCAACUCGAUCACAAGUCCCGGCCCGAAGCCGGUAAAUUUUGAUUUCCAAAAGUCAACCGUCGAGCGCGAUCCGAAGAUACUCCAUCCAGUACCGUUACGAUUGACUCCUGAGGCAGCAAUUCUCGCGUCAAAUGCCAAUGGAAACAACGGUGUGGUACCUUUGCUUGGCGAGGACGACAACUCGUUGAGCGCCGGACUUGUUCAUAGGCCACUCGCUAAAAAACCCGGACUACCACUGCCAGAUGAUACUGCGAUAUCCACACCCAAAAAGGAACCUCCACCCCCGCCACCCCCUAGGCCCUACAGGACACACACCAGGAGUUCCAGUCUCGAUCUCAAUAAACUUGGUGCUCCACCUCUUGUACCACCCAGAGUAUCACCUGGAAUCACAACAACGACAAGAAAGCUGGUCGGCCAAAAGAGUGAAGGCGAAGGUCCACGGUUGAACAAUGACGAGCCAGGUUUUGUCGCUGAUUUCUCGCAAUUCGCUCCAAAAGCUGAGGACAAUCAUGCUUUGGAAAAUAAUGUUCCUCCUACGCAACAAUUCACUGGUGUUUGCGGUGCAUUCCAUAUUUAUAAAAAGCCAAGUCAAAGAAGAGAAAGCGGGCAGGACGACACGAAGGACGAGCCAGACGAUACAGGCAAGAAGUUGACACUUCAAGAGCUACGUGAGAAAAACGCCGAAUUGCGACAAGUUUGCGAAGAAUUAACACGUGAGUUAGCGGGCGCCUUGCAGGAGCGAAUAAACCUGAGGGCAAAGCUACUACUUCUGGCAUGAUCCCAUUCAAUGUCAUCUCUUGUUAUCGAGUACUAGGUUUAUAAGCAAUGCGCUCGCUAUUGCAGUUAAUAUUUUUUAAUUAUUGGAGGCCAAGACUUGAAACGUAUUAUUUGGAAAAGAAAGUUUUUCGUGGUUUCACAACAUCGUCUGCUAAAUUUUCUCUUUAGACAGAUUUUUGUCUAAAUAUACUUAUACUCAGUGUAAAAUGUUUAAUUACUAAACGUAAGGUAUAAGAACUUUGUCGUUGGAUUUGUUUUAAUGAAAAGUGACAUUUCGUGUUUAAGAUUUUUGAGUAGGAAACAUUUUUGAGAAUCGUAAAAAUGUUUUCAGUUGGAAGUGAAUCAGUUAGUGUAAUUUACGUUCUUUUGUAAGAUGAUUUUUUUGAAUUGUACGUUUCAAGUUUGCUCGUACUAUAUUAUAUUAUUGACCGUUUGUUCAUUCUUUUUAUUCAUGAGAGCAAAAGAAAACUCGCGUACUCUUCGCACAUUCUUCUAUUCAUCUCUGAUCGUCAAUUUAUUAACACUCGGAUACUAGUCGUCCUUGUAUAAUAUUUAUAUCUCGUGUUAAUACCUCUUAUUAUCACAACUUUCUCAGAAAAACAACUAAAUAACAAAAAAAAAGUAAUAUCUUUUUAGGUCAUCGACACUUACACGGAUUAUUUAAUAGGUAAUAUAUAAAAUAUACAACAGAUUAAUGAAAGUUCAAAAUAAUUUAUCUAAAGGCACUAAGAGGUUGCACAAAGAUGCAUAUCAUACUUAUGAGAAGAUUUAAAUCUACAUUAUUGUUUGUUAAAGUCACAGAGUCUUCAAAAUAUUGUUGUAAAUUUAUGAUAAGAGUACAGUGGCGAAGUUCGGUUAAGAAGUAUCUCUGAGUUGUAAUUGCAGAAACUAAAAAAAAUAAAUAAGGUAUCAUAUUUUCGUAACCAUCGAUACACAAUCAAAUUUAAAAAAUGCCAAAAGUCAAAGUAUUAUUGUUGAAAAAUUGACUACGGCUCAUAACGAGAAAAAUAAAUAAACGUAAAUGCGCAGGAAUUAAGAGCAUCAAAGUGUUAAGUUUAAUUUUUAUUUAUAAAUAAAUAACUGAGUUCGACAUUAUGGCGUAGACGUCAAUAAUCACCAACGAGAACUUAAAAGGAAAACAAAGUAAAGUACCUGCCUUGUCGGCUGGUUAUACCGACGUUGGAUGGUUUAUUGAACUACUGUAUAUUGCGGGGAGCAGAAAGAUACGAACAAAUAGUAAAGUUGCUAAAAAAUAAAGAAACAUGUGAGUUCUAAAUUAUACAUAUAUAUUAAAGUCUCUGUGCCAUAUACGAUAAUACGAUAUUUUAUUAUUAUUCCAUCUGUUAGAAUCGUUCAAGUAAUCAGACUGCAACACUCUCACUAUGGAAACAAAUCGCCUUUUUGUAUUUAUAUAAGAAUACAGUGUAUAUAACGUUGAUGCCCAAUUAAAAAAAGGAUAAAAUAAAAACUGAUAUUUCAUUUAAUCAGAAUUCACUUUUCCCACAAACCAAUAACAUCCUAAUACAUGUUUCAUCAUGCAAAUCACUAAUGUUAAUCUUCAAAAAAAAAAAAUGUUUUCCUAUGUUCAUUACAUAAUUAUUGAUGCAGAACGAUAGGGAUAGAAAAGAAAAACAAUAAACAGAGGUUUGACGAUAACAACGUUUAUUGAAGUUAACGUUAAUGAAAAAUAAAUUGACGAGAAAGAAAAUCACAAAAGGAUUAUAUUCAAAAGAGGUCAUUUUUUUCUCUUAAAUAAUAUCGAAUGUGUGUUCUUUAAACAAUAUUCAAUAAAUUGUUCGGACAUAAAUAAAGG